AAGCAUUUAAACCUUUUAAUUUAAAUGUAUAUCUUUUGGAUAAAAAUUCUGAGACUACCCCUUCACCUGCACACGAGCUCAAGCUUGUUCAAGCAGGGUUUGGCAAAAGGACAAUCUCAAUUACAAUGGACAUAACACAUUCAGAGCUUUCCAGCAUACUGUAUGAAGCAUUCCCGAAAAUGGAGGGUCUGAGUGGAGGAUGGAUGCUUUAUAAGGCUACUGGGGGGAGUGGUACAAGACGGCUGAAUGUUAUUCCUCCAGACUCGGAAGGUUACACUGGAUCCCAGAUUAAAUCUGCCUCCGCAUCUGGAAAGACAAUGCUGUAUGUAGUUCCUCUACAAGAGGAGCUGGACCUUAAUCCUCUCCCUAAUGAUGCCAGAGAAUUCAAAAAAAUGCCAAAGGCUACUUGCCAAAUGUGCAACAAAAGCAUGCCCCUGCAAGUGUUGGCUCUCCACAUUCAGGUUUGCAAGUCAAGUGAUUCCGCAUCCUCAAUUGAAGAGACAGAAGUUCAGUUCGUCUCAGAAAGCAAUUUGGAUGAGAUAACACAAGAAAAUUUUCCAUCUGAGUCUGUUUUACCAUGCCCAAUAUGUCAACUGAAGUUUCCUGUGGACAGUCUUGAACUACAUGCCAGCCUGUGUGGAGAACAAAAUCUUUUGGAGUCUCCAGAUCACAGUUCUUUUAUGCGCAAUGAUGAUUCUGGUAUUGCUGAUGAUACAACAGGCAAUUCAAGCUCUCCACAAGUAUUAUGUCUAGAUGAUCUUCUGGAGCUGCUUGCUGGCCGAGUUAAUGCAGAAAAUCAAUUCCGCAUUUGUGUUUCACGGGACAAUCUCCUAGAGAGGGGGCUCAAGCAGUGGCAAAGACAAAAAAAAGGAAACCCAGCCAACCAGCUAAAAAUAACCUUUAUUGGGGAAGCUGGAGUCGACUCUGGUGCUUUAAGAAAGGAGUUUCUUACAGAAAUGAUCAGUGGCAUUGAAAAACGCCUCUUCUUGGGUCAGAGAGCAAAGAGUCCACAGUACUCCAACAGUGACCUUGACAAUGGUCUCUUCAGGACUGCUGGCGAGAUCUUUGCUGUCAGUCUAGCUCAAGGUGGCCCAGCCCCAUGUUUUAUGAGGGAGUGGUGCUACUUUUACCUCACCACUGGGGAAGUUGAUGUCAGCAGAAUUUGCAAGGAUGAUGUAGAUGAUGUUGAAUACUCCCUAUUGAUCACAAAGGUUGAAGAGGCAACUGAUCUGACUGAAUUUACAGAUGAAAUUAUCAGCUGUGGAUACACAGGAGCACUCAACAUAGAACAAAAAGAUGCCGUAAUUAGAGCAAUUGUUCUCCAUGCAACAUUUCGAGUUAUACCAAUGCUUGGAGACUUGCGCAAAGGCCUUCAGCUGUAUGGAUUGCUGGACAUACUCAAGGAGCAUCCAAGUCUUUGCAAGAGUCUGUUUGUUCCUGGGCAGGAAUGUACACCAGAUGCAGACUAUAUUCUCAGCAAUGUUGCUCCUGAAAUGAGUGAGAGAGGAACUUCAAGGGCUUCGGUAGAGAGUAAAAUCAUAAACUACUUUCAGGACUUCCUUCAAGAAAUUGAAUGUGGAGAGAGUGCUGAAGAUGCAGCAGAAGUGGAAACUGAGCCAUCCUACCUCACUGUCCCUAGAGUCAUGCAAUGGAUUACAGGCCAGGGACAUAAGCCACUACUGAUUUCGGAACAGAAGGCUUUUCAGAUAGUUUUCAAAUUUGAUCAUGACUGUAAAGUCAGAAUGCCACAGCACACCAUAUGCUUCCCAAUAGUGAGUGCUUGCACUAAUACGGUUACCUUUCCAGUAGCACACAUGACAACAUACGAAGACUUUUAAAUUCAUCAUUGUACAAGCCAUAAAAUCAGGGGGAGCAUUUAGCAGGGUUUAAAUAUCACCCACAAUAUAGUGCUGGAUUUGAGUUAAUCUCUUAAACCAUAGCUUUAAGUGUUACAGUUGGUUAACAUAUUUCCUACAUCAACUGGUGGAUGUCUGCAGUACUUUUAGACCUACAUUAAGAUACUUAAGUUGCACAUUCUUUUCUGAAAUGAGUCUGGUUUCUGUAGUUUAUAUCUGAUUUAAGAUAUAUAACUUGCAUCUGCAGUUCAAAUCAAGCCGCUCUGUUGUAGAGCUUUCCUUAACUGAUUUUAUAUCUGAUUUAAGGUACUGAUGUUGCAUUUCAUUUAUAAGUUCAUGUUUUCCAAGAGAGCCUUGGUGUAGAGGUUUGCAACUACAGUAGGUAUUUGACAAUGUUGAUUACAAUAAUAAUAAAAAAAACUUUUAAAAGGAAUUG